CAUCACAGUUUUUUCAUUAGUCGCGUUGUGUGUCUCAACGAAGAGGAAUACGGUCUGCUGGUCCGCCUGUCAAAGUUUUGGAAUAAUCCAACAGUUACAAUACGUGAGAAAUGGCUCGUACCAAGCAGACCGCCCGUAAGUCCACCGGAGGAAAGGCGCCAAGGAAGCAGCUCGCCACAAAGGCAGCCAGGAAAAGCGCGCCAUCCACCGGAGGAGUGAAGAAGCCCCAUCGUUACAGGCCAGGAACCGUGGCUCUGAGGGAGAUCCGUCGUUACCAGAAGUCUACUGAGCUGCUAAUCCGCAAGCUGCCCUUCCAGCGCCUGGUGAGAGAAAUCGCCCAGGACUUCAAGACAGACCUGCGUUUCCAGAGUGCUGCCAUUGGCGCUCUUCAGGAGGCCAGCGAGGCAUACCUGGUGGGUCUGUUUGAGGACACCAACCUGUGCGCCAUCCACGCCAAGCGUGUCACCAUCAUGCCCAAAGACAUCCAGCUGGCUCGCAGAAUAAGGGGAGAGAGGGCCUGAAAGGCCUGCCUGCUCCAGACACAGAAUCCUAUUUAUCACACUUAACCAUUUUGUGAAUUUUUAUUAUUUCUUUGAGAUUUUGUUUCCUUUUGUAAUGCAUUUUAGAAUGAGGUUAACGUCAGUCAUUCCACAACAAACAUGAUUUCAGAUAUGGCUAGUGUGCAGAUUGGAAUGUUGUAGGAAUAUCGUCUUGGCUUCAAUUGCAAGUGAGGCUUGUUUUUACGUUUAGUAGAGGAUAGAAAGUGUUACAUGACUGUCGCCAUAUUUACUCCAGUCAGAUGGCCUCGUCACAUGUUAACUGGCAAAUGUGGGGUCCUGGUAGGUAGUACAGGCUCUAGAUGAGGUUGGUGCUCGUGAAGUAAAGAGCGGAUUUUGUUCUGUCCGGGUGGGUGGUGUCAGGGUCUUUCAUCCAUUUCCACCCUUUGUCACGGCAGUCUGCCAGCAUGUCUUGCAUAACAGCUCACUCCUAGUAUUCCAUAGUGGUGUCAGGGGGAUUGUCUGCACAGUUACUCCUCCUGACGCUGUCUGGGACGGCCAGGAGCAUGACCAGGACUCCCUGUAUAUUCUGGACUGUUUUUUACAAUGUUAUUUUUCCAACAUACAACAAACUUUGGCAGCUACAUUUUAAUAUUUAUGAGUGUCACAUUGUCUUUCUAUUAAAUGUCUUUACAAGUAAA